AUGGGCCGACACUGGGUCUUUGCAGUACUAUUGGCCGUCGUCAACGUUCAAUGCGCGAUAUCCGACAUGGCUGGCACGUACACGAUGACCGAGGUUCUCGACUGGCAGCGGAAGUCUGAGAUGCAAUUGUUGAUAUCAGCGUCGGAGGGAGAUCCCGUUCCGCUGUCUUACACUGUCAUACCAUUGACAACCAACCUCGGCCUGAAUGAGUCGCAGCUUGUUCGAGGGCGAGUCAACAUUGAGGGGAAGAUGGUUGCCGCCGAUGCGAGCAACUACGCCAGCAUCAGUGGUUCGGAUGUUAUCCCGUACCUCUCUUGUGACCAGACCAACAACUCGUUCCUGGAUCCAAACGCCGUUCUGAACGCCCUCAUGAGCAAUAACCCACAGCCAGCGGCUAUCCUCCUGUACAGCCAACAAGGCAUGUGCUGCGGGCUGACUGGCCAGAACCUCAAUUUCAACGCCAUCUUGACCAUGUCGGAUGAACAAGCUGCUUCUCAGACUUUGGUCAUGGCCAACAUGUCGGAAGGAAAUGCACGAGCCCAGAUCUCUGGCAACUUCACCGAUACUGCCCAGAACGACAGCGCUGGCCAGCAGGGCGGAAACAACUCGGCUGUUGCUAUGAGCAUCCUAUACAGCAUCACCGGACUCAUCACACUUUUGUUCCUCAUCAUCAUCGCUACUGGCGCCAUACGAGCGCAUAGGUAUCCUGAGAGAUACGGCCCCCGCAACGGGUUUGGUGGGAGGCCAAGGCAGAGUCGUGCGAAGGGGCUGGCUCGCGCUGUGCUCGAGACCCUGCCCAUUGUCAAGUUCGGAGACUCUCAACCAAAACCUGAUCCCAAUCUUGAGCUCGAAAAUGCCGCGUCGCAGCAGACAAAUGGGAACAUUGCGGAUCGUCAGUCACCGGAGAACGGCUCAAAUCGCCAUCUGUCUACUAUUCCUGAGAGCCCUCUUGCUUCUCCUGUCCCGCCAGCCGCCUCAGGCGCUCUUGGGCCAGGGUCAGACUCCGAGGCAGACGCUGCAGGGACUAGCAGCGUUGCUCAUCGCGGCACAGACAACACAGGUGGUGGCACCCAGAAUGAUGAAGGACUGGGUUGCUCAAUUUGUACCGAGGACUUUACUGUUGGGGAAGACGUCCGCGUGCUUCCCUGCAACCACAAAUUCCACCCACCAUGUGUCGACCCUUGGCUGGUUAAUGUAUCGGGCACCUGCCCGCUCUGUCGGCUUGACCUACGCCCGGAGCAAGCCGAAGGCGGUACUGAUGAACACAACGAGAACAGUGAGGCUCCGCCACUAGGCGCGGAUGUGAACGACACAACAGAAUCCUCGAACUCUUCCCGACGUCGGUCUAGGCUCUUUGAUCUGCACCGACUUCGGCACGCUACUGUCGAGGAACGUAUCGAGGUCCUUCGACGGUACCGGACAGAGCAACGUUCAGGAUCAGCCGCGAGCAACGAGGAAGAAGGUCGUGACCGGUCUGGACUGACCAACCGACUAAGGGAUAGGUUCCGUAUCAGGACGCGAGCUGUGCAACGCUCUUCCGACAGGUCAGGAAGCUCACCAUCAACGAUCACUGCGACUGCGAACCAGAGUUAG